GGGAAGGGCCGCGGGGCCGCGGGAAGGAGCCCCGAGGAGCCGGAGCGGCCGCGGGGCCCGGGAAAGGGCAGCGAUGUCGGCGGGGGGAGCGCCCCAGCCCGCCCACGCCCUGGAUCUGCUCCCGUAUUCCCGGCUGAGCCCGGCGCCACGGGCCGGAUCCCAGCUGGAUGCUGUGGGCGCCGAGAUCCCCUCGGAUCCCUGCACAGGGUACCGGUUCUUUAAGCCGGGGGGUUUGUUCGGGAUGAAGCCGCCGGAGGAGCCGUUCGGAGCCGCGCGGACGGGCCCGGAGGAGUCCAAGGCCCUGGGCAGCCCCUGCGCCGUGGAGCCCGGGCGGGUGAGCAAGGUGGAGCCCGAGGAGAAGCCCGGGAUUGGCGCCGGCUCCCUGGAGCUGUUCCCGGCCGCCGCGGGCGGCAGCUCCGGCCGCUGGUUCCCCGGCGGGCAGCGCGGCCCCGAGCCCCCCCGGGACCCCCCCGCCCCCCGCGCCGGCUGCUGGGGGGCCCAGGGGGGCGUCCCCGGCCCCUUCCGCUGCGCCCAGUGCGGGAAGGGCUUCCGGCAGAAGCAGAGCCUGGUGACGCACGAGCGCAUCCACACCGGGGAGAAGCCGUUCCGCUGCGGGGACUGCGGCAAGAGCUUCAGCCAGCGGCCCAACCUGCUGACGCACCGGCGCGUGCACACGGGCGAGCGGCCCUUCCCCUGCGCCCAGUGCGGCAAGAGCUUCUCGCAGAAGGCCAACCUGCUGGCGCACCAGCGCAUCCACGGCGCCCACCCCGAGGAGGGCAAGGCGCGGGCGCGGGCGCCGGCGCGGGGCUGCCCCGAGGACGCGCCCUUCGUGUGCCCCGAGUGCGGCAAGAGCUUCCGGCAGAAGCCCAACCUGAUCACGCACCGGCGCAUCCACACGGGCGAGCGGCCCUUCUCCUGCUUCCUGUGCGGCCGCAGCUUCAACCAGAAAACCAACCUGGUGACGCACUACCGGGUGCACACAGGUGAGCGGCCCUUCGCCUGCGCCCAGUGCGGCAAGCGCUUCACCCAGAAAACCAACCUGGUCACGCACCAGAGCACCCACACCGACCUGCGCCCCUUCCCCUGCGCCCAGUGCCACAAGUGCUUCAAGGACAAGGUGUCCCUCAAGGCCCACCAGAAGACGCACGUCCCCCGCCAGCGCCGCUGCCCCGCGCGCGGCCCGGCCCCCGCCGCGCCCUUCGGGGCCGCGCCCGCCCUGCUGCCCCCCGCGCCCGCCCCGCAGGACCCCGCGCCCUUCGCCCCGCUCCCGCCCGCCCCCAAGCUCCCCGAGGGCGCCGCCGAGCUCUUCCCGUGCCCUGACAAGGGCUUCCCGCCCCCGCCCCCGGCCGAGCCCUCCUUCCCCUGCGCCCACUGCGGCGACGGCUUCUGCCCCAAGGUGCCCCUGCUGCGGCCCCCCGAGGCGCCCGCCGCGCCCUUCGCGCCCGGCCCGCCCCUCCUGGGGCCCCUGGGGGCGCAGCCGGGCCCGGGCGAGGCCGUGCUCUCCCCGGAAAAGCCCUUCAUCUGCAAUCAGUGCGGCAACAGCUUCGGGCUCUGGCUCGCCCUCGUCGCCCACCAGAAGAGCCACGCGGGGCACAAGCCGUGCCCCGGCGCCCCCCCCGCGGAGCCGGGCGCCGAGCAGCCCCCCGGGUCCCCCCCGGGGCCGCGGGCGGGCGAGGGCCGGCCCUGGCCGUGCCCCGAGUGCGGGCGGGGCCUGGCGCAGUGCGAGCGGGCGCCGCGGCACGGGGGGCACGGCGCCGGCGGGCGCGGCCCCUUCCGCUGCGACACCUGCGGCAAGCGCUUCAGCCUCAAAACCAACCUGGCCACCCACCAGCGCAUCCACACAGGUGAGCGGCCCUUCACCUGCGGCGUCUGCGGCCGCCGCUUCAACCAGAAGGGCAACCUGGUGACGCACUACCGGGUGCACACGGGCGAGCGCCCCUUCGCCUGCGCCCAGUGCGGGAAGCGCUUCGCCCAGAAGCCCAACCUGCUGGCACACCAGAAGACGCACCUGGGCCGCCAGCCCUUCACCUGCCUCGAGUGCCCCAAGCGCUUCAAGAGCAAACUGUCCCUGCGGGUGCACCAGCGCGUGCACACCGGGACCCCCGGCGCGGCCCCCGGCGCCCUGGACCCCGCCGGGAGCCCCUUCCCCUGCGGGCUCUGCGGGGAGGCCUGCGCGGAGCACGGGGGGCUCCGGCCGGGCCACGGCGGCGCCGAGCGGCCGCACGCCUGCGCCGAGCAGCUGCACACCUGCACCGAGCAGCUGCACGCCUGCGCCAAGUGUCCCCACGGCUGCGCCGAGCGUCCCCACGCUUGCGCCGAGCGUCCCCACGGCUGCGCCGAGCGGCUCCACACCUGCGCCGAGCAGCGCCGCACCUGUGCCGAGCACCCCCACGCCUGUGCGGAGCAUCCUCACGCCUGUACCGAGCAUCCCCACGCCUGUGCGGAGCAUCCUCACGCCUGCGAGCGGCCCCACGCCUGCGGGCAGCCGCAGCCGCAGCCCUGCCCCGAGCGGCAGCACCCCUGCGCCGAGUGUCCCCACCCCUGCGAGCAGCCCCACGCCUGCCCCAAGCGGCCCCACGCGUGCGAGCAGCCCCACGCCUGCGCCGAGUGUCCCCGCGGCUGCGCCGAGCACCCUCGCACCUGCGCCGAGCAUCCCCGCCCCUGCGAGCGGCCCCACCCCUGCGCCGAGCGGCCCCACGGCUGCCCCGAGCAGCCCCACGCCUGCGCCGAGUGUCCCCACGCGUGCUCCGAGUGUCCCCACGGCUGCGCCGCCGAGCGGCCCCACGCGUGCGCCGAGUGCGGGAAGCGCUUCCGGCAGAAGGUGAACCUGGCCGUGCACCUGCGGACGCACACCGGGGAGCGGCCGUUCCGCUGCGCCGACUGCGGCAAGGGCUUCAGCCAGAAGGCUCACCUGCUGCGGCACCGCCGCACCCACGGCGCCGGCCCGGCCGCGCCCUGCGCCGCCGGCGACCCCCUGGCCAAGGGCCCCGAGCCCCCCGCGCUGCUGCUGCCGCCCUGCUCCCGCGGGGCGCCCCCGGCGCGCCCCGACAGCCCCUCGGGCGCCGCCGACAUCCUCCUGCAGCUGAUGCAGGAGGAGCCCCCGCCCGGCCCCGGCGCCGCCCCGGCCCCCGUGCCCCCCUGCAAGUGCCCCGGGGGCGGCCCGAGCCCCCGCGCGCCGGGGCUGCCCCCGCCGUGCUGCUGCGCCGCCUGCCUGGCCCCCCGCCCUCCCGAGCCCCCUCGCGGGCAGCUCUGGGCCAAGGCCGGCGGCUGCGCCCGCGCCUUCGACGAGAAGAGAGUGCCGGGAGCGCCGGAGCGGGAGUGCGGCGAGGAGAAACCGGCGCCGUGCCCCGGCUGCCUGUGA